GUCAGAUUUUAUAUAGUACUAACAAAAUUAGUUAUAUAGCGGAUGUUAAAGAUGAUACUAUCACUCGUGUUGUCUGUAACCGUUUUACAUCAUGGAUUGUGUCUGGUUAACCCAGUUUAUGACAAAGGAUCUGCUACAAGCAGUCCUCAGCAAAUACCAAACGUAAAUUUUGGAGAUAUUUUAUUAACACCGCAGCAAAAGCUAGCGCUUAAAAAUGGCGAGGAUAUGGGAGGAUCAAAUCUAAACAGCAACGGUUAUUCAAUUGCUAAUGGUAACAAUCUCAGAUGGACGGAUGCGAUUAUACCUUACAAAAUUGAUUGUUCUAUUGAAAAUCUUCCUGAUGCUGUGGAAGCUGUCACAAAAGCAAUGGCUGAAUGGGAAAAUAAAACUUGCAUCAGAUUUGUUAAACAUACUAAUGAGAAAUAUUUUCUUGAAUUUUUUCGAAAUACUCAUUGCUGGGGAAAUGUUGGAAUGACGUCAUAUACCAAGAUCUCUGUCGGAGAUGGUUGUGAAUAUCAACAUGUUAAUACUCAUGAAAUUGGUCACGUGGUUGGUUUUUAUCAUGAGCAAAAUCGAGUGGACAGAGAUCAAUGGAUAAAAAUACAUUGGGAGAACAUUGCACAGUUUAAAGAUGCUUUUGAUAUAGUAAAAGAGACAAGCUCGUUAGGAGUUGAUUACGAUUAUGCAUCAAUAAUGCAUUAUCCAUGGAAUGCUUUCUCUUCAAAUGGAAAAGAUACAAUUACACCCAUUAAGCCUCUCAAUGGAAAAACACCUUAUAUAGAGCUCAGUAAAGAUGAUAUUGAACAAGUUUCACGAAUGUACAACUGCCCAGCAAUUGAAAAGAAAAGAGCGUUGGCAAAAAAAUCAAAAUAUUUUGGAGAUGUUAGAGAAAGAAGAAAUGCUAACGAUUGUGUUGAUCAAAAUAAAAACUGUCCUGAUUGGGCAAAAGCUGGUUAUUGCUCUAAAAAUCAAGCCACUGCUGAACUUUGCAAAAUGAGUUGUAAAUCUCCAUCUUGUCAAGUCACGGCCAGUUAUUGUGUUGACCAACGAACUGAAUGUCCAGAAUGGAAAUCAUGGGGCCACUGCACACUGAGUACAGGCGUAGCAAACGCAUGCCCAUUAAGUUGUGAUCCAAAAUGCAAAGAUUUUCUCCCCAAAACAACUCCAACAUCCCCAACAACUGGACAUGAAACAAAUCCUCCAACAGUAAAGCCAACUGAAGCGCCAAAAAGAAAUUACAUGGGUAUUGGUAUUUUGUGUCGAGAUGGUCAUGUUGAAUGUGCUAAUUGGGCAAAGCAAGGAGAAUGUACACGCAAUCCUGGAUGGAUGACAAGAAACUGUGCAAUAUCAUGCAAAAAUGAUCGAUGUGAUAAACAGGUUCUUAAGCCUUCUGGAAAAUGUGCUGAUCCUUUAGGUUUAUCGUGGGAUGGAAAAAGCUAUAAAAUUCCAGACUCAGCUUUAUAUUCUCCUGACCACCUGAAGCCAGGUGAAAACUGGGAGGCAAGUGCUAGAAAUGCACGUUUAUAUUUUGAGGAUGAUCACAAAAAUAAACGCAUCGGAGCAUGGUGUGCAGCAAGUCAUGAACAAGUUGGUUCAAAAAAUGGAUAUGUUCAAGUAGAUUUAGGAAGUCAAAAGACUAUUAACUAUAUUGCUACUCAAGGGCGAUUCAGAUACUUUGAAAGAGUCUCUCAAUUUAAAAUAGAAUACAGUAAUGACGGAGUCAAAUUCCAAACAUAUUCUGAAAAUGGCGUGCAAAAGAAAUUUGAAGGCAAUUGUGAUCAUCAAACACCAGUGUUAAACCAAUUUAAAACUUCUAUAUCUGCUAGAUAUUUGCGAUAUAUACCAGUAGAAUCUAAUUAUCCUUGCGUAAGAAUGGAGUUUUAUGGAUGUUAAACAUUACAUAUAAACAAAUUGUACUUUAUAGAUAUUAUGAAAAAAUUACUUUUUGA